UAAUUCAAGCUCCCAUUCUCUCACCGCUAACAAGAUGCCGGCCGUACAUCACAAACUGCUCCUGGAGGAGGCUUUGCAGGACAGUCCUCAGACUCGCUCCCUGCUCAGUGUGUUUGAGGAAGAUGCUGGGAUGCUUACGAACUACACCAACCAGCUGCUACAAUCGUUGCAGCGGGUGUUUGGAGCCCAGAGUGAGAUGGGAUUGGCCACAGAGCAGCUCUCGCAGCAGCUUCUGGAAUAUGAGAAGAAAAAUUUUGCCCUUGGAAAAGGUGAUGAAGAGGUAAUCACCACGCUGCAGAACUUCGCCAAAACUGUAGGGGAGCUGAACUCGCUCCACUCUGAGCUAGCCAACCAGAUGGCUGACAGCAUGGUUUUCCCACUGAUCCAGUUCCGAGAGAAAGACCUCACAGAGAUAAGCACACUGAAGGAAAUAUUUGGCAUCGCCACUGAUGAGCAUGAGGCAGCUAUGGUCAAAUACAGCCGAUUGCCCAAGAAGAAGGAGAAUGAGAAGCUGAAGUCGGACUUGGUGAAGGAGGUGGCCUACACUAGAAGGAAGCAGCACCAGGCCUCACUGCAGUAUUACUGCGCCCUCAACGCCCUGCAGUAUCGCAAGAGAAUAGCUAUGCUCGAACCUAUGCUAGGCUACACACAGGCACAGAUCAGCUUCUUCAAGAAAGGCAUUGAGCAGGUGUCAAAGAAGAUGGACAUGUUUCUCUCCUCUGUGUCCAACAUGACGCAAAACAUCCAGGCCCAGCUGGAUGCGGAGGCGGAGAUCAUGCGUGGGUCUCAGAGGGAGCUUCUGUCUGUGGAGGACACUGUCUAUAUGCCAGAUAAGGACACUGAGCCCGUCAAUCGCACACUUAUCCAGAAGGCUGGCUACCUCAACAUUAGGAAUAAAACAGGCCUUGUGACCACAGCCUGGGACCGACUGUACUUCUUCACCCAGGGAGGGAACCUCAUGUGUCAGCCGCGCGGGGCGGUGGCGGGGGGCAUGGUGCUGGACCUGGACAACAGCUCCGUCAUGGCUGUGGAGUGCGAGGACAGACGCUACUGUUUUCAGAUAACCUCCCCCUCAGGCAAAACGUCAAUGAUUCUACAAGCUGAGAGCAAAAGGGAAUAUGAAGAAUGGAUUUGCACUGUGAACAACAUAUCCAGACAGAUCUACCUGACUGACAACCCAGAGGCCGUGGCUAUCAGACUGAACCAAACCGCCAUCCAGGCGGUCACCCCCAUCACCAGCUUUGAGAAAAGACCAGAAGGCUCGCCCAACCCUGACAGAGCAAAGCCAGGAGGUAUAUAUACUGCCAGUGGCGGUUCCCAGAAGACGGGGGCUGCUCCGGAAUCAGAGGACCUGAUUGCCCCUGGGACACCCAUUCAGUUUGACAUCAUGCUGCCGGCCUCCGAGUUUCAGGACCAGAACAGGGCUGGGGGGAGACGCACAAAUCCGUUUGGAGAAACAGACGAUGACUGUUCAACAGAAAGUGACGACUCCCUCCUGCAGCAAGUGUUCGCCGUGCGCUUCCUGGGCUCAAUGGCGGUGCGCUGUGGCAACAAUCAGGAGGUCAUCUACGAGGCCAUGAGGCAGGUGCUGGCUGCCCGAGCCAUCCACAACAUCUUCAGGACCACCGAGUCCCACCUCAUGGUCACCAGCAGUAACCUCAGGUUGAUUGACCCCCAGACUCAAGUUACAAGAAUAAGCUUCCAGCUUGGAGAGGUGUGCCAGUUUGCAGCUCACCAAGAGAACGGGAGGCUCAUGGGAUUCGUGGUUGAGGACAGAGACUGGAGUGACGGCGAUGAGGAGGGAGAGCCUUCGUUUAGCGCCUUCGUCUUUGAGAGCAACACGGAGGGCGAGAAGAUAUGUUACACCAUAAGUUUGGCGAAGGACAUUACAGAAGCUAAGAAGGACCCAGAGGCACUGGCUCAGCUGAUGAAGAACAUGCCUCUAACCAACGAUGGAAAAUUCCUGCUGCUGGAGCCUGAGACGGGCGACACGACCAACGGAGCAGGACAGGAAGACCUGGAGUCUGAGGCCUAGUCCCAGCUGGGACCCCCCAAAAUAAAGCCACCAAGACCAGGGCCACGGUCCGACUUCUGCCCAGGAGAGAAAGCUUUCCCUGGCCGAAGGCGUCAUCAUGACUCCCUACCCUAACUCUGGUACUGUAACACUCAUAUUAGAGACUGUAGUUCACGUCCAUUUACCCUGUGUUACUAGAUCUCCAGUUGUUUGUUCUAAUGAAAGUGGAAGACGUUAGCAGGGGGUUGCCUGGACCAAAAAGCACAUCUCAUGGGCGCUCCAUCAGAUCUGCUUUUCUCUGAUCAGACUGGUGCAUGGGUCUUUGGAUUUGAAAUUGUUUUUUACACCACUGUUGGUGGUACUUACAUCAAAAGGGACACUACAUAGGUACUGAUUGUUUCAUUGUCUUCUAAUAUCCCCAGCCAUCUCGCUGAAGGCGAUGGAUGAUCUGCUUCAGUUUAGGUUUACGUUCAUUUUUAGGUUUACAUAGUUUGGAGAGUUUAUUCCUUUUUCGUUGUUUUACACAUGAACUUGUACAUAAGGCUCUUAUGCAACUACGUUGGCGUUUAUUUCUCGUUUAUUCAUGUACAAAAAAGUGAUUGCACUUCCGAGGUUGAUAUCUGUUUAAUGACGCUCGAUGGCUACAAAAUGCACUAACUGAGAAAUUGGAAGGAUCUUAGGCUUUUAAAGGACUUAAUAAAUAGGUUAAUAUGCUUUUUAUUAUCAUUGCUGUGUGUGAGCAUUUGAGUCGUGCAGCAGUGGAGACAGUUGGCAUGAGUGCCACUGUGAGGUGAGACAGACAUGACAUCCUGACUAUCUUAAGCUUUCCCGCUAAACAUAAUGAAUUUUACAUUAUUCUCCACUACCUGUAGAAAACAAGUUGUAAGAUGAUCUGUGCUGUACGUCCCUGAGCAGCCCCAAUAUUCUUUAGUAAAAAUUAAAAAGUACGUUGUUGCACUCGGUUUCUUUAAAGUCUAUGUAAAUAUGAACUGUCUGGGUGUUUAUGUGAUGUUUGAUCAAAGUUGGCUGCAUUCAAAGCUUCCAGAUUCAAUACGCUAGGACCGAUGUUGUGCAUGAUUAAAUAACAUUCUCUCGCAGUCCCUUCGCAGAAGUUUAAAACCUCUACACCGAGGGAGCAUUGAGCUGUAAUACAAAAAUAAUAUCACUGACAUGUUACAGUAAUGCAUGUAGGCACAGUGGAGCAUUAUGUACUCACUGAAAAGCUGCUCACUCCCUGCUCAUACAUAUGAAUUCUAAUCAGAUCAGGAAAACUGAAAACUGAAGGGAAGCGAUUGAUCCGUGAAACUUUGCCUUCCCUUUGGAUCCCAGUGCAGUUCUGAUCCACGUCAGCCCAUUUGAGCUGUAACGCUAAUCUCACCAGACGUUGGAAGCACAUGGUGCACUGUGUGAAUGUGACGUUUUGUACUGUGUAAUACAGACGAGGUCAAAACCACUGACUUGACGUUGAUCCUGAAAGUUGCAUCGUGUUGACCAGUGCGUUUGCUUGUCUGCUUGCUUUUUCUACUCUACGUCAGAGCUCUUGGCAGAAAGCCGUCAAACAAGGAUGAAGUGUGGAUAUUUCAUUCAGGACUGCCUGCUCUACUGGUGAAAUAAUUAGUUGUGAAUAUGUUUGAUGGCCCAUGACACUGCUCAUUGUAAUCGAAGAAAUAGUUUGACAUUUGGGGAAAUGAGCUUAACCGCUGUCUGGAGGAGAGCUGCCUUAGACGACGUCUGUCCGUAACAUAUGAAGCUACAUUCAGCGUCUUAGCACAAAGAGUGCAAACAGGGGCUCUGUUGAGUGUUCCAGCUGCACCUCUAAACAUCACUAAUCAGCAGUUUAUCUGUACAAAAACCCAAGUGUAAAAAGAGCAGUUUAACAUUUCACAGAUCUGCGCUGGUUGCCUGGGAACUGCUCAGAGCCAAGAAAUAGUCCGAUGCAUAAUCCUCUCCUGUUAAACCGUCAUUUUAGUGUGUUAGUCUGUUGAAUUUUUGUAUGGUGGUGGAUUUUGUGACGACAGUGCCAGGCUUUUUCCAGUCUUCAUGCUAAGCUACCAGUAGCCUUAGAGUGGUGUUUAUCUUCUUGUCUAACUCUCCACCACAAAGCGAUUCAGCACAUUUCCCUAAUUGUCCGAGUUUUGCUUUAAAGGUGUAAUAUGUAACAUUCCUGCAUUAAAAUGUCUAUAAAUGACUAGAUCUAUGUCAUAUAUUUUGUUGAGUUUUGUACUUACAUUAUCCCAAAUGUUCAAACCCAGCGAAAUCUGUGAUUUUAUUCAAGAUAAUAAUGCGUUUCAUUUGCUCACCUGACGUGCUGAUGACAUACUGUGCAUUUAAGUCAUAACGUUUCUCUUCCUGUUGCCUGAUAUAAAUGUGUGUCAGCAGGUCUUCUCGUGCUAAAAAGACAAUUCUGUCCAUGCAAAAUACUUGCAAUCUCCUUCCUCGGGUGCAGGUUGAGAAGCUUCAAUGACACCAUUAAUAAAACUACAGCAGUGUACACAAACGCACUAAGUACAUCCGUUUUUCCUGUUUGGCGACCUACACAAGCUGGUGCCUGAUUGAUGGCUCGCUCAGACAGAAGAGUUUCUCCAACUUAACCAAAUCCUCUUACUGUGUGUGGCCUGCUGGAGCCCAUAACUCGUAGAGUAUUGCUGCAUAGUCUUGAUAGAUUUGUGCGUUUUUAAGUAAUGCAUCGUCAGGAAAAAAUCUGGAUAUUCAUGGUGUAGUUUCAGUAAUGUAGCAAGAGCUGCAGUUUCUCCCCUCUCCCUCUGUCUUUGUGUGAACGGCUGAAGUUGACAGAAUCCACUCCCCGUAAGGUUUUGCACUUCAUUUGUCCUAGUUUUCUGAAACCAAUGUUAACAUGCAUUCUUUAAUAAACGUAAGUGAUUUUUUUCUUA